CGCGAGCGAACGCGGAAGUGACACGUUUUCUGUUUAUGUGAGAAAAAGAUGGCAGAGAGCAGCCCKAUAGCAGUGAAGCGAUGCGAUUCUGCAUGUGUAUAUGCCGUGAGCAUGGAGGCUAUCUCUGCUCUGACGGAGCUGGAUGAUCUGGAGCGGGUCUACCAGCAGCUCUGCACCGAGGAGAAAAAGGUGGAGACUGAGCUGGAGAAGUUGGUUGGGCAGCAGGGGAACAUUGACACCAAGAUGCUCGCUCUUCAAAGGAUGGGGCCCAACCUGCAGCUGAUAGGAGGAGAUGCCAGUCAGCUGUCUGGCAUGAUUACCUUCACCUGCAGCCUGGCAGAGAAUGUCAGCAGCAAAGUCCGCCAGCUAGACCUGGCGUGACUCUGAAUAACGUGGAGGUGUGUAGCGAGAACAUCACCACUCUGAAGAGGAACCUGGAGAGUGAUUGCUCCAAGUUGUUCACUCAGGGGGCGGGAUCAGGAGAGCAAGCUAAGAUUGACAGCUGUCUGUCAGACCUCGUCAACACAUCCAGCAAGUUCAAGGAUCUCUUGCAGGAGGGCCUGACGGAGCUGAACACCACAGCCAUCAAGCCUCAGGUCAAACCGUGGAUCAGCAGCUUCCUGUCCAUCUCACACAACAUAGAGGAGGAGGAGUUUAAUGAGUACGAGGCCAACGACCCCUGGGUCCAGCAGCUCAUCGUCAACCUCGAGCAGCUCAUGGCAGAGUUCAAGGCGGGGCUCUCUUCAGUUAUCUACGACACACUGACCAGCCUCAUGACCAGUUUGGUCUCCAUGGAGAUGGAGAAGACCGUCCUGAAGUGCACCUUCAGCAGGCUGGGAGGGCUUCAGUUUGAUAAGGAGCUGCGUUCUCUGGUGGCCUACCUCACUACUGUCACCACCUGGACUAUUAGGGACAAGUUUGCUCGGCUCACUCAGAUGGCCACCAUCCUCAACCUGGAGCGGGUAACAGAGAUCCUGGAUUACUGGGGUCCGAACUCUGGUCCUCUAACGUGGCGUCUGACCCCAGCGGAGGUCCGGCAGGUUCUGGCGCUCCGCAUCGAUUUCCGCAGUGAGGACAUCAAGAGGCUCCGCCUCUAACUCUGCUACCCAGAGACUGUGCUGGUGUACAUGUUACAUGGGACUAGACUCAUGCUGAUUGGUCUUUGAGGAAAAAGAGGAGUGUGCAGGUGGAUCCCCUGAGAGGAAGUCCCUGCUGCUUCUGACCUCUGCUGGCUUCAUAGGAGGAGGAAGAGGUUGCCCCUAACUACAGAUACAGGGAUAGAUAUUUGUUUACCCCCAAAUGGUUGCAGUUAGGUUUGAGGGUAGGGAGAUCUGAUCCUAGAUCUGUAGUUAAUGCUACUUCUAAUUCUAGCGGCCUCAUACAGCCAAUCAGAGCUAGGAGUAACAGCAGUAAUGGAACUAUGGGAUUGUGGAACAGUGGGAUUAUGGAUUUGAGCCUUUUGGCUUGGAUUAGUAAAUAUUAUGUAACAUAUUAAAUGUAAAAUAUUAAAGUGUUCUCUCAAAGA